UAUUUGACUAAAAUAACUGUAAGGAGUUGAGGUAUGGUCAAGUCCUUCUCCUUACAAUUAGAAAAAAUGUACGAAUAUACUAAUAAAAGUAGAGGUGAUCAACUAUGGCUCUACCCGCUAACCCGACAUGAUCCGAUUUGAAAAUAGGGCGGUUUUAAACACAUCCGUAGUUAAAUAUCCGAACACGACAUAAUAAAAAAAAAAAAAAAAGCCCGAAAAGCCCAUUUUAAGCUGACAAACCCACAACUUUUUUAAAGGACAUGAGAUAUGGUAUUAUGGCCCAAUCCUGCCCGAUUUUUUAUCACCUCUAAAUAAAAUUCGCAUUCGUUAAACUUACACACACGCCACCGCACCUCAUUGUAAGUCGUUCGUUACACACGUAUUCAACAAUACUCGAAAUUGACCUAGUUUAAGCCCAAACCCAAAUCCAAAUCAUACUUCGGCCCGAUUCAACUCUUACAUCAUCACACCUGGGCCCGACUCACUCAAAAACAUACCAAUAUUAUAUACCUGACAAAUUUCUGGUGUUGUUUUCAGGAGAGAGAGAGAGUGUGUGUGAGUUUUUCAGGAGUGAAAGCGAGAGUUUCUUCUUUUUUUUUUUUUUUUUUUUUUUUGUUUUUUGUUUUAGGGUUCCUCCUUUUACAAGUUCUCGGAUCUGAUCAACAAUGGCGGAUUCCGAUGUAGGUAAAUUGUUUGUCGGCGGAAUUUCCAGGGAUACUUCCGACGCUAAUUUAAGGGAUUACUUUGCUAAAUACGGCGAAGUUUCUUCCUCCAUUGUUGUUAAAGAUCGUCUCACUAAUACACCUCGAGGUUUUGGGUUUGUCACUUUCGUUGUUCCUUCUUCCGUUGACGACGCUCUUCGUGUUCAACACGUAAUUUCGGGUAGACCGGUAGAAGUGAAAAAAGCUAUACCAAGACAUGAACAACAAUCAAAUACUCAACAAUCGCAACAACAGCAAUCGCCUCAUCGGCAGCAACUGCCGGGGCAAGGUUACUCUCAUACAAUUAAAGGAUCUGUUUGGAAUUACAGUAAUGGUAAUUAUGGUGCUAGCAACAGUGAUCAUACCCAUAAAACUAAGAAAAUAUUUGUAGGAGGUUUGUCUGCUGAUCUAACUGAGGAGGAAUUUAAGAAGUACUUUGAGAAGUUUGGUAGGAUUACAGACGUAGUUGUGAUGUAUGAUAACUCCAAUAACAGGCCUAGAGGAUUUGGGUUUAUCACUUUUGAAUCUGAAGAGGUGGUUGAACAACUUAUGCAAAAGAGUCACCAUGAGUUGAAUGGAAAGCGUGUGGAGGUUAAGAGGGCUGUUCCUAGGGAGGCAACCAAGAGUUCUGGCAAUGGAAAUAAUAGAUUUGGUGGUGGGAGGUACUCCCCUGCUGCUGCUGGUCACUUGGAUGAUAACAAUUGGUCGAGAGGUCCUACUCCAUAUGUUAAUUAUCCUGGUCAAUUCCCUCUUACCACCACCUAUCCUGGGUAUUUCUAUGGCGGUGCAUAUCCUGUUGGUGGGUAUGGUGUAGUUGGUUAUGGGAUGCCUAUGGCUCCUAGAAUGCCUUGGAAUAAUUAUGGGGCGAUGAUGGGCGUUCGACCUUUGCACUAUGGCACUGGCUAUUAUCCAACUGGAGACGGAGGGGUUGCUUUACUGGGAAUGUUUAAUGGUUAUAACGGAGUUGUAGAUACUGGAGGCAAUGUAAAACUGGAUGAGAAUACCAAUGGAAAUUCUCAGGCGCCUAUCAAAGACACUAGUUGUCACAUAAAAGGAGCUGUGAAUGUCAAGAAGAAUUCAAGAAUCCCUGAUGUGCAAGUGCAAGCAAAGGUGGUGCCUCCUGUGGGUCAAUCUAGCUGACCAAAUUCCACUUGUAUCCACAAAUGUUCAUGAUUCAUACAUUGAAGGAGGAGUUGAGGUUGUUUUGUAGUCUCUGCACUACUCUACUUUAGUUACCUCCUUCCUUUCUCUGUCUAUUCAACUGAUAUAUAUAUAGAUCUUUUCUCUUUCUUAUUUCAUUUUAAUAAAUUUUUAGUACAGGAUUCAAAUUUUGUAAUAUAAGUAGUUCCUAAUUGCAGAAAUUCAAUCAUAUGCCGCUGCUUUAUUUUUAUUUUUCUGCAUAUCUAAAGUCAGGUUUCUAUUCAGGAGUUAUAAAUGCUGAUACAUUUGCUGUAUAAGUUGAGUAUCUGA